AAGAUGAACAAAUCUGACCAGAUAUAAUAUUUAAGAAGGAUGGUGAUCACUCCAUAGAAAAAGGAAGGUGUAAAACCCCAGCUUCUGAACAACACAAAAGGGGUAUAAAACAUGCGUCCCAGAGAAAUAAAGUCAGAACUCCCCAGACUCUGAGUCAGAACCAAUGUUCCACAAACAUGCAUAAGUUUGACAAGAUUCAGAGUGUCAGCUGCCUUUUGCCUAGCCAAAUAUAUGCCUUCUUGUGCUCCUACCGUGCUGCUUCUCUGCAUGCUCGUUUCCAUCUCCUGCAUUCCCCCAGCCUGUCAUCCAUAUUUCCCUCUGCCUGAGGUUCACUCUUGUCCCCUUACUUUCUGCAGCCCAAACGUCCCACACUGUCACCUCCUCCUCAGCAGCCGUAUCCCAUCUACCGUGGUCACUUCCCUCCGUGGUCUGGGGUUUCUUUCCCAACCCCAUGGAGGCAGAGCCAAGAGCAGAGCCUAGGCCUGGCUCAGCACAGAGCCCUGAGGGAAGGGCUGCAUCCAGGCCCAGCCUCACCUCCCUCCAGCUCACCCCAGCUUUAACCAACCAGCCCUCAGCAAAGACAAGACCCACGGAGCCCACAGGCUCCACAAGAAGACAGAAAUGAACCUGGAUGCCUUGUUCCAGCAAAUACAGUUCACAGAGAAGCAGGCGAGGGAGAAAAGACAAUUCAUCCAACAAGCUAAAUUCAACAUAAACAGAAGCUAUGAAAAAAUUAACCAAAUAAAAGAAGAGCUGAGCACUGCAAAAAUGAAACUGGAAACUAAGGUUCAGCAUCUGUCUGAAAAGGAGUUCUGCUUAGAAAUUCUGAAGAAACGUGAAGAGAGCUUAGAAAAGCAGAAAGCUGAACUUAUUAAUCAAAAGAGCAGUCUUCUUAAAAUCUUUACAGAUGCAAAGAGAAAAAUGACUGAAGAGGAAGAUAAUUUUACUAGAGAAGUAACAGAGUUUAACAAUGAGUAUGGACUAACAAGUAAUAGGGAUCUUAUGAUUAGAAAAAAAUUCAAGGCUGAAAUAAAUGAUUUGGAGAAUGAGGCAGCUCUGUUGAAAAAUGAAAUGGAGUCAAUGGAACAACAAAAUGUUCAAUUAAAUGCACUUCAACUGCAGAAGAAUGAGUUAAAGCAGGACUUACUUAAUCUCCAAAAUAAACUUAAAGACCUUGAGAAAGAAAUCAGGGACGCUGAAAGAAUGACAAAAGAUUUAGAAGCAGAAAAAGUCCAAGUCACCAAAAAGCCUCAGACUGAUCCUGAAUGUUUAAGGAUUAAGAAAGAAUUGGAAAAUUACAAAGAUGAUGAUUGGGAAAGUAUCUGCGAGACUCUUCGAACAGAAAUUGAAAUUCUGCAAAUGGUAUGCCAGUUUCAUUAUGCAUUUUAAGUGUUUGAUAGUUUUAGUUCAAGGUGUAAUUUGAGAUGAUUAGCAGUGGGUUUAGAUAAGCAGGUUUUUAUGCUAGGUAUGCAACCAAACAUCCUUGCAUUGCAGGUGCACCCCAAUUCUCCUUUGUUUUGGCCUGUUAUUUCAAAAUGUCCAGGAAUAUCGUUUCACACAGAAAAGAAUUUAAAGAUACAUUUUUAGCACAAGAAAGACCUAUCUGGGGGACUAGUUUUAAUCAUUACUGUCUUGAAAGCUGCAAAAUAUUAUGCAUUUAGGAGCUAAAUUAAUCUGUAUCUCCAGCUGUCAGUUAAAUGGAAGAUGGGAAUAUGGAGAAAUAGGAUGAUAAUAGCAUCCUUUUAUGCAAUAUGUUAUAUUGUCCACUCACAAAUUCUUUAUAUAAACUUAUUAAAGUGUGCUUUUUUCUCCAAAGGGCGAUUCUAAUUUCAAAUUUCUUGAUUGUCAGUCUGUGUAAAAAUAAAACCAGAAAAAAAAUAAUUUAAAGUAAUUUUUUUGAAGUAAAGGUGUUUUAAAGGUUCAUUUCAGAACCCCUGAUUGAGCUGUAUGAAAACCCAGCUGUCACAGAAUAACAGUCAGGGGAAAUUUGUUAUUACUCACUGUAAUGAUCAGCUUCAAGUUCCUGUCGGAGGAAUGUAACUUUCUUGUAGUUUAUCCUUUAAUUUUAUCAUGCUUGUGAAACUUCAGGAACAAAAACCCCCAAACAGCUCAAUGUUUAAAAAUGUCGCUGUAAAGAACACACUGAACUCAUUAGAGCUCAUUUUCUAUAAUCCAAUUCUUUCUCUUUUCCAGAAUCUAUCACAAAAAAAAGUCUUCAGAUAAGUGAACAAUAUGUGGCUUAUGAUAUGGAUUGUCAUGACGGCUAGUCUUUGAGCAUUUUAAAACCAUUUUACUUGGGCUCUGUCAGGUUUGUUUCUAUUUGCUUGGCUAAACCAGAGUUUGUUUCCUGCCUUUACUGUUCAUUAAAAUAAAAUUGUAUUCAUUUAUAA